CUGUCUGACAAACAGCUGUCCAGCACACACCUGACCAACACACACCUGUCUAACAAACACGUUUCCAACACACACCUGACCAACACACACUUGCAGGACACAAACCUGUCCAACACACAACUCUCCAAAACACAGCUGCCCGACACACACCUGCCCGACACACAGAUGCACCUGUCUAACAAACAGCUGCAAAACACACACCUGUCCAACACACACCUGCAGGACUGGGUUGAUGCAGAGAUGAUGGAGAGCCGGCGGGUGAACGGGCUGCAGUCUGAACACACACACGAGACACACACACCGCUGGACAGGAGCUACAAACUCAGCAGAGAGGGAGCAGUUCUGAGUCAGAUGAGGGAGGAGCCGCUGAAGCCGCCAGAGCCGCGCAAACGGAGCUUCAUCAACAGCAUCCACCACAGUAUCAACAGACCGUCCAGCGAGUCCGACAGUCCUCCACCAUCAUCUCCAUCUACUGGUCCCAGAUCUGCUGCUCCUCCAUCAUCUCCAUCUGCUGGUCCCAGAUCUGCUGCUCCACCAUCAUCUCCAUCUACUGGUCCCAGAUCUGCUGGUCCUCCAUCUGCUGGUUCUCCAUCAUCAUCAUCAUCUUCUCCAUCCUCCAGCCUGCUGCAGGCCUCUCCUCCGCCUGAGCUCCGUCUGCUUCUGCUGGGUCGCAGGGGUUCUGGGAAGAGCUCUGCUGGAAACCUGAUCCUGGGCCGUGAGGAGUUCAGCACUGCUCCUGGAUCAGCUCAGAGAUGUGUGAAGGCUGGAGCUGUGCUGGGGAACACACGGGUGUCAGUGGUGGACACGCCGGACUGCUUGUUCUCCGGGAGUUCUCCAGAGGAGCUGACGGCUCAGAUCUGCUCGUGUGUGUCUCUGCUGGCCCCGGGCCCUCACGCGCUGCUGCUGUGUGUCCCUGUAGACCGGCCCGCUGACGGAGAGCUGCAGGCGCUGGAGGCUCUGGAGAGUGUGUUGGGGGCCGCGGCCGUGCGCAGACACACACUGGUGCUGUUCACACACUCGGACCUGCUGCCGGGCGGAGCGGGGGCCCGGGUAGAGCAGGUGGAGGAGGUCAUCAGCGCCCGCCGGCCCCAGAUGAUGGAGCUGGUGCAGCGCUGCGGGGACCGAUACCACAUCCAGCAGCGGAGCAGGGGUCCUGGGGCCCGGCGGAGCGUGACGGAGCUGAUGGAGAAGGUGGAGCAGAUGCUGAAGGAGGGUGGAGGAGGAUUCUACGACUGCAGGCACAUCACAGACCCCGGAGACGCAGCGCAGCAAACACAGCUGCUGGAGACGCCGCUUCUGAAGGGUCCGACACCGCUGCCGGAGACACCCAGACACGGAGCACAGCUCAGGGCCCCGGGGCUCCCGCUAGAGACGCUCCAGGAGGUGAAGGAGGAGCGUGUGGUCACUGCGGUCCCGCUGGGCUCAGUGUGGCAGCGGGCACGUACAGCCGCGGGGUCCGUCCCUCAGCUGCUGCUGGCGGGGGCUCUGGCCGGGGCGGUGCUGGGGAUCUGGGCGUCUGGAGCGGUAGGGGGCGCUGUGGGGGCGGCGCUGGGCUCUGCUCUUACACACUUCACCACACAGACACUCAGCAAACACAAAACACACUGAAGCAGCAUCAUCUUCAUCUUCAUCAUCAUCAUCAUCUUCAUCAGUGCUGCAGGGGGGCAGGUUAUGUACAGUACAGCGGCCCCUCGCUACUCACGCUCUAAACAGAAGCACAGCAGGGGGAGUCUGGAGGAGUUCGCUUUAUUAUUUACUAUCAUUGUAGAAGCUUCCCGUCUGUAAACCCCUCACUGCACACUCCUCUAACAGACAUGAUCACUCUCCUCUCGUUUAAACCCUCUUCAGCUCUUCUUCAGCGUGUGCAGUAGUCCAGCUCUCUGUCAUGGUUACUGUGUCUUCCUCUGUGUUUUGUGUGUGGAGCUGUGGACCUCCAGGAGUCCAGUAUGAGCUCCAUGAUACAGUGUGAUGUUACUCCACUAGGGGGCGAUCUGUGUCACGGCUUCAUCAUUCAGAUCGCCCCCUAGUGGCAAAUCCGCUUCAGAAGCUGUUGCCUGAUCUCAGAUCAGUUUUAGCAGACUGUAGAUGUUGUAAUGAGUCAAUAGCAGCUGAUCUCAGCUCAGCACAUCACAGAACAAACUGAAUGAGUCUGAACACUGUCAGUGUGCUGUUCAGUGAGCUGAGCGUCUGCAGGCUGCUCUUCAGUUCUGUCGGCUUCAUGUUCACUAGUGUCAGAUCUGCUGCAUUUACACCGUUUGAGCAGCAGGUGUCGCUGUCAGUCUGUCAAUCUAUAUGUGUGAACGUUUACAAAGCUUUGAGUCUUCAUCACUGCUGCAGAGAACACACACACCACACACACACACACACACACACUCUCUGUCUAUAUAUAUAUAUAUAUAUCUAUAUCUUUCUCAGUCCUCUAAUAAACACUUCAUCUUUUAAGACAA